CGGCGGAGUCGCCGCAGAGCCGGAAGCGAGCGCCGCGCCCGGCUGAGCCACGUCAUCCGCAGCAUGGCGGCGCCGGCGCCGGGCAGCGGCGUCCUGUGCCUCUUCGAUGUGGACGGGACCCUGACCGCCCCCAGGCAGAAAAUCACAGCAGAAAUGGCAGAAUUUCUGCAGAAGCUGCGGAAGAAGGUGAGAGUUGGACUUGUAGGUGGUUCAGACUUGUACAAAAUUCAAGAGCAGCUGGGAGACGAUGUGGUUGAAAAAUUUGACUACGUCUUUCCAGAAAAUGGUCUCGUGUCAUACAAAGAUGGGGAAUUUUUGUGCAAGCAGAGCAUUCAAAGUCAUCUGGGUGAGGACCUGCUCCAAGAUCUAAUCAACUAUUGUCUGAGUUACAUUGCAAAAAUUAAACUGCCAAAGAAAAGGGGAACUUUUAUUGAGUUCCGAAAUGGGAUGCUGAAUGUCUGCCCUGUUGGGAGAAGCUGCAGCCAGGAAGAGCGAAUUGAGUUCUAUGAAUUUGAUAAAAGGGAACAUAUAAGAGAGAAAUUUGUAGCUGAUUUACAAAGAGAAUUUGCAGGAAAAGGCCUCACAUUUUCUAUAGGGGGGCAGAUAAGCUUUGAUGUAUUUCCAAAUGGUUGGGAUAAGAGAUACUGCUUAGGAAUUGCUGGCAACGAUGGAUACAAGACUAUCUAUUUCUUUGGAGAUAAGACCAUGCCAGGUGGAAACGAUUAUGAAAUCUACACAGACUCCCGAACAGUAGGCCACAGUGUUACAUCACCAGAGGACACAAGAAGAAUCUGUGAAGAGCUCUUUUUUAAAUAAAUGACUUUGCUUUCCUUUACAUUUGACAGCAGCCAAACACUGUGUUCAAGAAGAAAAACCAAUCCCUUCAAACAUGAAAUAUUUCACUUC